GCAUGCCCACCAAAUGUCCAACCAAGAAUAUAAUUUCACUCGUCUUUCUUCCCGUGAAUACCGCCUUGUUUAGUUUCCUUACACCACGUCACCUUCCUUAAAAAAACAUUUCCUAUAGUAACGUCCACAGACACGACACCACCGUCGAACAAAACAAAGCCCCCUCUUCAUAUUUUGUCUUCACCUUCUUCUUCUUCUUCUUCUUCUUCUUCUUCUUCGUAUUCAUGUCUGGCUGCCUUACAUUAUACAAAACCACCAACUACAUAACAUAACAUUUGCCAUGGAAUUUCAGAACCAAAACAUGGGUAAGAUCACAAGGCUAUCAUGGUCGCCGCUUCUUCUUUUGGUCACGCUUUUACUGCUUCUAUCCAUCCAAUUCGCCACCAGAAACUUUUACCAGAUACUAUUUCUGGCUAAAUCAUCGUUGGCCCCCGGGUUUUCGGUCGACGCGGGAAGCUGUACCGGGUUUGUCGGGGCGUUGUCGCCCAGGAGAGAGGUGGUUAUGUCUAUCAAGGAUUUUGGCGGAAUUGGCGAUGGGGAAACGUCUAAUACUGAAACGUUUCGUAAGGCGGUACGGUACAUGCAGCGUUUCGGCGACGUAGGUGGGUCCCAGCUGACUGUGCCUAAGGGUAUUUGGCUUACUGGCAGUUUUAACCUUACCAGUAACUUCACCUUGUUUCUUGAACAGGGCGCUGUUAUUUUGGGCUCUCAGGAUCCGAAGGAAUGGCCUAUUAUAGAGCCAUUGCCCUCGUAUGGAAGAGGAAGAGAGCGAUUAGGAGGAAGACAUAUUAGCCUUAUUCAUGGAAAUGGUCUUACCAAUGUUGUCAUCACUGGAAACAAUGGGACAAUUGAUGGUCAAGGGAAGAUGUGGUGGGAACUAUGGUGGAACAGAACAUUGGAACACACAAGAGGCCACCUCUUAGAACUAAUGAGCUCUCAUAACGUUCUCAUAUCCAACCUGACCUUUCGAAAUUCUCCAUUUUGGACUAUACAUCCGGUUUACUGCAGAAAUGUUGUGGUCAAACACGUGACGAUUCUGGCCCCCCUUAAUGCUCCAAAUACGGAUGGUAUAGAUCCAGACUCAAGCACCAACGUGUGUAUUGAAGACUGUUACAUUGAGAGCGGAGAUGAUCUUGUAGCAGUAAAGAGCGGAUGGGACCAGUACGGCAUAAAAAUGGCUCGUCCAAGCUCAAACAUCAUAGUGAGAAGAGUUUCAGGCACAACUCCAACUUGUUCUGGGGUUGGAAUAGGUAGCGAGAUGUCUGGAGGGAUAUUUAAUGUGACGAUUGAAGAUUUGCAUAUAUGGGAUUCUGCAGCAGGGGUGAGAAUAAAAACUGACAUAGGAAGAGGAGGAUACAUAUCCAAUAUUACAAUAAGUAAUGUAAGAAUGGAGAGGGUCAAGAUUCCUAUUAGGUUCAGUAGAGGCUCCAAUGAUCACCCUGAUGAAGAAUGGGAUCCAAAUGCAGUUCCUAUUGUAAAAGGAGUUUCUGUAAGUAAUAUUAUCAGUGUAAAUUCAACAAAAGCCCCAGUUUUACAGGGAAUCAAGGAUGCUCCGUUUGAUGGAAUUUGCAUGAAGAAUGUUACACUGAUUGGUUUGGCAUCAUCCACAUCAUGGCAUUGUGAAUUUGUUUCCGGAUUUUCUAAUGAGGUGUCUCCAAUGCCUUGUCUUGAGUUGCAGAAUAAUGUCUCUUCAUCCUGGUGUUCAUACUCCUGAGCUUAACUGGAAAAUCUGGACUUUUUUCGUGGAAAUUUUGGUUGAAGUUCUGCAACUCUGGUAGUUUCUAACCACAUUUAAAGAAGUCAUCUCAGGAUGGAUUCAAUUGAACCUCAUUGCAGAUCCGUGUUGAACAGCUAGCUGGUCGGUCAAAUAUUCUUUCUUAAAUGAUACCAAGCUGCUGCAUUGAUGAGCUGGUCGGUCUGUUAUUCUCUCCAGAUUUCACAAAUAAGUAGACCUGAGCAGUAUCAGCUUGUCUGCUUGAUUUCUGGAUUUUCAUAGAGGUUUUACUCUCGCUCAUCUUGUUUUGAUUAAUUCUUUGUGCUUUUUCAUAUAAUAACGAUUUGAUCAAUUGUUUUUGGUGCUAAAAGAUUGCACAUUGAAGGCUUGAACUCCAUUAAAUUCGUUGGCCUUAUGUAUAUAGAAAUGAAAAGUGAGAUACCUUCAUUACUAAACUAUGAAUAAUCAUUUUUGUUUCAAUAAUAAAGUUAGUAGGCACUGUCAA